AACCUCAAGAGCAACAUCUUCAUCAUUCAUCUCCAGAAGCAGCUGGAAGAGCUCAGUUGGACUCCUUGACCACACGCACCAAGAUGAACAAGUUGUGCAUUGUUCUCCUGCUGGUCCUCUGUUUCUUACCACAGGUUUUGGCACAAAACGAUACAGUGGCUAAAACUAUAACUGGGGUGCUGGGCGCCGCUUCAAAUUCCACCUCCCUGGCAGCAGGAACAAAUGUCACGGCGCUGGGUGCUGCUUCCAAUACCACUGCCCUGGCUCCAGGAAUGACGAACGCUACGGUUCUGGGCGCCGCUUCCAAUGCCACUGCAGGAGCUAACUUCACAGUGCUGGGUGCUGCUUCCAAUGCCACUUCCAACAACACUGCACUGGUUGCAGGAGCUGCAAAUGCCACAGUACUGGGCUCCGGUUCCAAUGCCACAGUACUGGGCUCCGGUUCCAAUGCCACCGCCUUGACUGCAGGAGCAAAUUUCACUGUGCUGGGUGCCACUUCCAACGCCACCUCCCUGGCAGAAGUGAAUGGCACAGAGCUGAGCACCGUUUCUACAAUCACUACCACUCUACCUGUCAGCACUACUCUUGCCACCCUCUGCACCACCUGCAGUGGUUUUGCUGCAGGGUUCAACACAUUAACUCUGUUAUUCCCUGUGGUUCUCACUGCUAUUUCCCUCAAUGGCUGAUCCAGUCAUGACCCAGUCCAGCUUGUACUACUCAUUCAGGUGGAAUGGAAAUGUCCUUAUACUUCGACCCCUGUUCUACUUUGAGUGGAGGUGAAGUUGUGUCCACUGGAGCACAUGAGGGAUGCUGUCUUGUUUGCACUUACCAUGGGGCACCAUGUUCUCAUACGUUUUUGUAAUCUCUACAUGGAUUAAAGUUAUUGGGGGAGGGGAGCAUGAAGCUGUUAAGGAAUUCUGUGUGUAGGGGGGUGUUUGACAACUUGUAUUUUAAAAAUAUGGAGUUGAGAUUCAGUCUGAAUGUUUUACCUGUUCUAAAAAUCAAUGUGUAUCAUGUGCAUUUUUUAAAGUUUAAAUUAAAGCAAAGUAUCUUAC